AACUAACUGACGAGACUUUGAGUCAAGGAUAUUCUUGAGUUUUUAUGUGGGAAUGAGCAAAACUUAAUAGGAGAAGAGAUAUUUUCAUCUACAAACAAUUCAUAUGAUUUCGUUUUCCAUUUUUCAUCGUUCAACUCCAAAAUUCAUCACUGUCUGAUUCAUUCAAAAACAAAAAUUCAAACAUGUCUGUUCUUAUUCGAACAAUUCAAAGAGCUCAUAGAUUGAAACAAACAUUCUCUUCACCUAGAAUCAGUAAUGUUCUCUCUCAAACAUUAGGUUUCAGUAACAGUGCUCAUGUUGCAGAAUCAGUAACCAAAUCACCGUUUGAAUCUAACAUUUUACGAAUUCUCCGUAACGAGAUUGAGUAUCAAGCUGAAUACGCUCCUCCACAUCAGCCUGUGAAAGAAUUCAAAUCGUUUAUAGUUGAAGAGAGACCUGGUGAGCAAGUGGUUACAUUGAAGGGGAAAUUUGGGGACAAUGAAGAUAUUAAAAUUGAAGCUACGAUGUUUGAUGGGUUUGAACAUGUUCCUGCAUAUGGAGAUGAUAGUUCAGGGGUGAAUGUGCGUCUUCAUCUCAGUUUGAUUGUGGAUAUAUCGAAAGGGGAAGGUGGUAAUGAAUUAGAAUUUGUCUGCUCAGCGUGGCCGGAUAGUUUGGAUGUUCAGAAAGUUUUCAUGUUAAAGCGAGGGAAGAUGUCGACUAGGCCUUACCUUGGACCUGAUUUCAGGAACCUAAAGCCUAAGAUUCGGGAGAAGUUUUGCGAGUACUUGGACGCAAGGGGAGUAAAUAAUGAGCUCUCUGCUUUCUUACAUGAGUAUAUGAUGAACAAGGAUAGAAUUGAACUUCUAAGGUGGAUGGAUCGUCUCAAGUCUUUUGUGGAAAAAUAGGCUGGUAAGUUUGGCAACUAAGAGUUGAUGUGAACACCAAGUUUUAUCAUUGUAGGAAUUAGUUUCUUCAAUAGAAAACCCAUUUGAUUUGUAGUGUUAACAUCAAUUUAUUUAUUUGAUGGCAUUAUGCCGUAAGAAUGUUAAGCACUAGGAGGCGAGGGAAGUAAAUAAUGAACUCUCUGUUUUCGUACAUGGGUAUACGAUGAAUGAAUGAUAAAGACAUUGUUGAACUUUUUUGGUGGAUGUAUUAUUUCAAAACUUUGAUAAAUAGACAGGUAAGCUAUGCAGCUAA